CACAACCACCAACAAUCCAUUCACCAUGCCGCGCUCAAAGACCCCCAUCUACUCCCUCGCCCGUGGCAAGGUCAACAUGUCCAUGAACCGCUACAACCUCUACAACCUCGCCCGCAAAGACCUAAGAAACUGGGUCGGCCAAAAAACAAUGUACCAACAAAAAUGGUUCGCAAAAGCCGAGACCCGAGCAUACCACGGCCGCUACCUGACCGAACGCCAAUUCAAAUCUCACUUUGAGGAGAAAUUGUUGGGAACGCCUGGGACGAGUGGUGGAAGGGAUGCAAGUGCUAUCCCGUUGGCUUCGCAGACGUAUGCCGGGUUGGAGAAGAGGUUGGAUUUUGCGGUUUUUAGGGCGUUGUUUGCGACGAGUAUUCAGCAGGCGAGACAGAUGGUUAUUCACGGGAAGGUCAAGGUGAACGGUGAGAAGGUACGUCGUAUCACCGCACCCGGCCACCGCCUCCAACCCGGGGAUCACUUCCUCGUCGACCCCAAAUCCGUCCUCACAGUCCUCUCCGCAAACCCCUCCGCCGUCGCCUCCGAACCCGACCUCCCCUCCGCCGAAGCCGCUUUCAAAAUCCGUCCAUACUUUGCUCCCUUUGCGUUUAUCCCUACGUACCUCGAGGUGUCGCAGGCGAGUUGUUCGGCUAUCUAUUUGAGGGAUCCGAUUGCGAGUCCGGGAACUAGUGAGGUGCCGAGUCCGUUCCCGCAGCCGAUUCAGGCGUUGGCUUAUAGAUGGUAUGUCCGUGGUCGUUAA